AUACAGACAUGACUCAAGGCGUGGAUUAGGAAGGCCAACUUUGGAGGGGAGGGCUGGCUCGCUCAUUUCUCUUCUCCCUGUCAAAUGCUGAAAGGCUGGUUGCAGCCUUUGAGCUCCUGCACUUUGAGAGUUUUCAGCUGGGUUCUCAGGCUGCGUUCACCCGUCGACUUGCUCCAGGCCAAACCAGAUUUUGAAAAGGAAGGCAACUUCUUUUUCGCGGCAAACCCUUAAACCCACGCACCUUCUCAAAACUUUGCCCUUCUCAACCCCUGCGCUAGAGUAGGCAGGGCAGAAGGUGCUGAGGAGAGGCUCAGAAGGGGCGGUGGGGACGAUCCCCUUUCGAUCUGCAUUUGUAGCUGCCAAGGAGUAGCCAACAAGCACCAGAUUUAUGUGCACUUUGAAAGAAGCACCUUCACCAUUGGCUUUUUAAGCGGCGCUGUCGCUAGGGAGCGGCUGGUAGGGCGAGCAGCCUCGGGGAGCAGCCCGGGCUGUUUGUUCCGUCACCUGGGAAAGGAGGUACACACAGUCGCGCGCGCACGGACACACACACGCACGCACGCACGCACACACACCGGUGGCGAGUUCGAGCCCCGCGGCCCCUGUCCACCCGCGUGCGCCCCUCGACACAGCUUGCCUCCCGCCCCCUGAUUCCUGCUGCUGCCGCCCAGAGGAGAAAGGAACCUCUGCCUCGAAUUUCCCCACUGCGCCGGGCGCUGCGGAGAGCGGCGAGGGUGGGCGCGAGGCGGAGAACGCGAUGAAUGAGUUCUCCCCUCGCCUCGGAGUUGUCUGAGUUGGCGGCGCUGCGCCCAGGCUUCCGGCUCUCAGCGCCCCACGCGCGCGUGUCUCCCCGGGCUGCCACCCACGCCCGCGGCCGGGGCCGAGCCAGCCACGCAGGGCAGCCGAGGAUCCGGAGCUCCUGUCCCGGCCCCAGUCCGGGUAAAAGGAGGGUUGUCCCCAGCGGAGGCGCACAGCCGCGCGUUCUCCCUGCACUCUCUUCGCGGUCCCAUCUGUUCCCCAUGGCGUCUCAUCCGCAAACCCGGAUCCAGGCUUACCUGGAGAAGAACAAGAUCGGUCCCCUGUUUGAGGAAUUAAUGACCAAGUUAAUAACUGAGACACCUGACCAGCCAAUCCCAUUUCUCAUUGACCAUCUUCAGUCUAAACAAGGGAACCGUGGACAACUUCAAAGAACUUUGUCUGGAUCUGCAGCUCUAUGGGCAGAAAGUGAAAAAUCAGAAUCCAAAGGAACAAGAAGGGAUUUCAGAAGCUAUGAUAAACCUUGGCAAUUAAAUGCAAAGAAGCCUAAAAAAUCAAAAAGUGACCUUGCUGUGUCUAAUAUUUCUCCACCAUCACCGGACUCCAAAUCAUUGCCAAGGUCAGUAGAGCAUCCAAAGUGGAACUGGAGGACUAAACCACAAAGCCGUGAUUUUGAUGAAUUGAAUCACAUCCUUCAGGAGAGCAAGAAGCUGGGGAAAGCCCUUGAGAAUCUCUCUCGAAGUAUUGCAAUUUCAGAUGAACUCGAUAAGGAAACAGUGACAUUUAAUUCUUCUCUUCUGAGGCCCCGUGUGAUUGGAGAAUGGAUUGGUAGAGAAGAAAACGAUGCUGAUCCCCUAGCCGCUGAAAUGCUACAGCCUCCAAUUCCAAGAAGCAAAAAUGACCAAUGGGAAAGUGAAGAUAGUAGCUCUAGCCCUGCAGGAAGCUUAAAGAUGGAGCCUAAGAACAAAGGAUUAAAACAGCAGCAACAGCAACAUAAGAAACUCCUGGCCGCAAUGCUCUCUCAAGAUUCUUUUGAGUCCAUCCACAGCCCUACCCCAUCUGUAACAGAAGAAGAUAUUGAUAAUGAAGAUGAUGCAAUGGAAUUGCUGGAGGAUCUUAAUGAUUUAAGAAUGGAGGGAGUAACAACCCUGGUACCUUCUGGGAGCAAAUUUAACCAAGGCCGUCCUACUUACCCUGCUGAGCCUCAGGCCAAGGUCACACUGAACAUCUGUUCAAGGUGUGCCAGGCUUCAAGGAGACAACCUGGAAGAAAGGACAGAAGAGUCACUACCAAUACUCCAUUCUCCAGAUGAAAAAAUCCCAGAUUCAUUCGAUUCCUUGCCUGGGACUGAAGAAGCACUAAUGGAGGAGGGUGACGGAUUUGAGAAAGCAUCUAAACUAACAGGACCUGAUGAAUCCUUAAAGCAAUUGCAGGUAAUUCAUCAACCAUGGAUCUUGCCAAGUGACACAGAAAGUGAAGGAGUGGAAGCAGAACAAGAGAAACGUUCCGCUGAUCUUCUUCUUUGCGUUCCAUGCUCUUCUUGUCCUACACUGGUCUACUCUGGUUUGUGAAACAGACAGAAGAAGUUGCAAGUGGUCCUUAAAGAAAUGCAGUUAUUCAAAUCCUUAUGUAUAGUUCUAAUUUUAUUUACUAUGUGUAAUCAUUUAGAGAAUGGUUAUUUUUAUAAUCUCAAUAAUAAACAAGUACUAUCGUAGCCAGGGGGUGCCCAAGUAUGUAAUCAGAGAACACUAAUCCUGGCAAAGGAUUGUGGGGUGGUCAGGAGGCCGGCUGCCUUUUGACAUGGUUAGUGUCCUGGGUUUAGAUUACUUUAUAAAUAGUUAUUAAGAUUAAUAUUUGAUAUAUUAAAUAUUGCCUGAUUCAAAUAACUUUGCUUAAAAUUUUUCUGUAUUUUAACUUGUCUAGGGUUUUCUACUUCUUCUAUUUUUAUAAUAUUUUCUCAUUUUUUAGAUUACUAAACAUUAUACUUAUCCACAUGUGCCAAGAUGUACCAUUUAGGUCUCUGCAGAAAUUAGCUGUUUGGUAUCAUCACCUGCCAUACAUGUUGUGUGCAGCAGUGAGAAGUAUAUUCUCUACCACUGCUCUUUCUCAUGAUUAUUUUCUCUAUUCCUAUUAAAAUGAAUAAUUGAUAUGUUAAUUAAGUAAAGCAAAUCAAUAAGGAAUGAAAUGCAUGGCCCAAAACAUAGAAAAUGAAAAUCGUUUGACCAUUUAUCCAAUUAUUGAACCCAAUUAAGAUGAUCCAUUUUAAAUUUAAUAUAUGCUCGCUUUUGGAAUGUGUUAUGCAUUGAUGUUAAGUGAAUGGAUCUAAGUAAAUCUAUUGAUAUCUCUAC